AUGAAGACUCUCAUUGUUUCAUGGAGAAUUCUCUUCUUCUCAAGUCUGGUCUCUGUCAUCUAUUCACAAAACUGCAAAUGGCUCCGUCCUCAGCAGGAAUAUCUAAGCAAGCAGAUCCUUCAGACCUUCAACCAGAUGGUGGGUUUCAUAAAUUAAUUCAAUCGUAUUAUUUCUCUCUUUUCUCAACACUUUCAUAUGAUUCACACUAAAACAGACAAUAUUUUCUAAGCACCCGCAUAAUUAAUUACUACUAUUAUUUUAUUCUAUCAUAGUAUUAAUUAAAUACACUUGCUUAGUUUCUACAUAUCACAUAUAUCUACUGCAUCUUUAGCAUCAUAAGAUAAAAAAUUUAAAUGGAAGUGCUCAAAGCCAAGUGAAUGUUCAGAACAUUAUACAGGAGGCCACAUGACACGAGAUAGUCACUAACUAGUUAGCAAUUCCACAAACAUAUAAAACACCACAUAACCACAAGCAUACUCUUAUAUUUUAGCUCAUUCUUAAACAAUAAGGUUCGAUUUUUUUAAAAUCAAUUAUAGAAUUUGUUCUUUCCUCUUUCAAUUUCAGAGUUCAUUUGGGACAUCUUCUGGAAUUUGCUCACAAAGCUCAACAAUUCUUCCUAAUAUUGACGAUCUCUACAACUUUUCUCAGGUAGAAUAAGCUCCCUCAUUACCUACUGUGUAGACUUUACAUAUACCUGGUGGAAUGUAGGUGUAUUUAAUACUAAACACUCCAUUAGCUGUAACAAUGUUUCAUUUUCCAAACAUUGAAAUUGAUAGAAGUUAGUUUGAAAAGUAUUGCUAAUUUGAUCACUCCAUAUUCUAUAGUAACGAUUUAUAAUAAAUUAUCCAAUGAGUUUAGUAGACCAGAUUUAAGGAAAGAGAAACUGAUCAGGUACACUCCACAGUUUGGUGAAACACAGACUGGCCCUUCUUGUAGAUGUUAAAAUUCCAUAAAUUUCAGGAUGAAGAUGCGAUCAUCAUUGCAAGUGAAGUUACCAAGCAAACAAUCGGGUUCUAUAAAAAACACAAUGAAAAGCUCAAAUGCAAUAAAAAAGUUUGGGAGAGAUUGCACGAGCUUCUAAAUUACCAGGAAAACCAGCUGAAUGAUUGUGUAAGUAUCCCCUAUAGUUAUUUCUGUUCCGUAUCAAUGUUACUAGAAUGUGAUGAGAAUGUUGUAUUAAUCAUGGUUUCUUUAAUGUUUACUAGAUCCCAGAGGGAGCUGAGAAUUCUCAAAUUAAACAAAGAUUAUCAGAAUACUUCAAUGUACUAGAACAGAUUGUAAAUGAAAAGGUAAGUCACUUUUUUCUAAGAUGUUACUGACCAUGCUUUUCUCAGUAUUUUGUUCUCUUCUUGAACCUCAAAAAUUCUAAAACAAUCUAUCUUGAAAAAAAUCUACUCAAGAUAUGUGGAGGUGUUACUUAUAGCAAUUUAUAACUGCAGGAAUAUAAAUAACAAAAAUUAGAAGAUACAUUCAAUUGACAAAAACUUUAAAAAGAGUAAAUAACAACCUGCCAUCUGGCAGUUUAUACUGUUUAAUGUUGUCCACUUACUCGUAUCCCCAAAGUCGUUGUCUUUUCUACAACAUUCCAUACCUGUGACCUCUCUACUCAGGGUCAUCUAAUAAAAUAGACAUUGUGGCUAUUAAAUGGGAACUCCAUAAUAAUGUUGUAGAGCUAUAAGAGAAAAUGAUAUUGCUUAUCUGGGUCCCACUGUAUAUAUGAUCCUACAGAGUUCUUGUAUGGAAGAAGGAAUGUCUACCCUAAAUAUGACUGCUUAUGAAAUACCAGCUAUUGAACAUUUCCCUUUCUCUGUUGUACUUUUUCCAUAUCUACAUCAUUUCCCUGCUCUGUAUACAAUUCCAUUUGUGUGAGUGUCUCUUUUUUCAUAUUUUUAGGAUGAUAGUUGUGUUCACAUGAUUGUUCAACUCACUAUAAAGAAGAAUCUACAACUGGUUGCUCAACUCUCCUUUCGGAUGAGAAGCCGUCUUCUCCAGAAAUCCUCACAGUCUGAUAAUGUUAUAUAA